CCGCGACUUUCCAACAUGAUUUUUCCGGAAAAAAACCGAGAUAUUUAACGAAAUGUCCGCAUUCAUUAAAUCUGGAGUGCUGUGGAUGCCAUGACGCGUGUAGAGGACAGUUGACUGUCGCGAAAGGUUCGUGCAAGGCUUGCCGAGAUGUCUGGAGGGUUUUUGCAGUGUUUUUAAGUGUCAGGCGGAAAAAUGCGUUUUACGGGACUAGAAGUUGCGUUUUUAGUGUUUACUGUGGGAGUUUGUGCCUCCCAAAAGCCCAAUAUGGACAACAGGAGGCAUGAUGUUUACAUCGCUGGGUUUUUUCCCUUUGGACGGGGGGUGGAAAAUUCAGAGACAGGGCGAGGGGUCAUGCCCAGUGUAAAGCUAGCUUUAGAUCACGUAAAUGAGCAUUCUGCUAUUUUGAGAAACUAUAGACUGCAUAUGUGGUGGAAUGAUACCAUGUGUAACGCUGCCGUUGGGGUAAAGGCCUUUUUCGACAUGAUGCAUAGCGGCCCACACAAACUAAUGCUCUUUGGAGCUGCCUGCACGCACGUUACUGACCCUAUUGCAAAAGCUUCGAAACACUGGCAUUUAACACAGCUAUCUUACGCCGAUACCCACCCGAUGUUCACCAAAGAAAAUUUUCCGAAUUUUUUCCGCAUUGUUCCUUCAGAAAACGCUUUUAACUCCCCUAGAUUGUCCCUACUGAAGGAAUUUAACUGGACUAGAGUUGGCACAAUCUAUCAAAACGAGCCUAGAUACUCGCUAGCUCACAACAGAUUGGUAGCAGAACUGGACACUUUGGGAUACCAGGUGGUUGAAACUCAAAGUUUCACCAACGAGGUGAUAGCUGCUUUAACCAAACUAAAAGAAAAAGAUACCAGAGUGAUAUUAGGUAACUUUAACGAAAAAUGGGCAAGGGAGAUAUUUUGCGAGGCGUACAAACUGGAAAUGUACGGUAAAAAAUAUCAAUGGAUCAUAAUGGGCACUUUCACCUUUGAAUGGUGGAAAAAAAUGGACGUGGAUUUCAACUGCACGUUAGAGGAACUAGAACUGGCUUUGCAACAAACUAUACUGACCGAUUUGCUACCUCUGUCCACGAGUGGUGAAAUCACCAUCUCCGGAAUCACUGCAGAUGAAUAUGCCAUGGAGUAUGACUCGAGGCGAGGGAACGAAUAUUCUCGUUUCCAUGGUUACACUUACGAUGGUAUAUGGGCAGUUGCGUUGGCCAUACAAAAUGUCGCCCAUAAGAUUAAAUAUUUUCGUAGAAACCAAACUGUGAAUGAUUUUCGUUAUCGUGAUCCACUAUGGGAGAGGUUAUUUUUGGACGCCUUGCACAAUACUAGUUUUGAAGGUGUUACUGGUCCGGUAAGAUUCUACGAUAACGAGAGGAAGGCAAGUAUUCUACUCAAACAGUUUCAAGAGGGUAUUGAGGUCAAAGUAGGCGAAUACAGUGCUGCCACUCAACAUCUAGACCUCACACUGGGGGCUCCUCUGAAAUGGAUUGGAAAGUACCCACCAAAAGACAGAACUCUUCUGAUCAUAGAACACACCAGAGUCAAUAAAACUGUGUACGCCAUUUUGGCGUCACUUGCCUGCUGUGGGAUUAUAAUGGCGUCAGUUUUCCUCGGUUUCAAUAUCAAGUAUAGAAACCAACGUUACAUUAAAAUGUCGAGUCCGCAACUCAACAACUUAAUCAUUAUUGGUUGUAUGUUGACCUAUACCAGCAUCGUCUUUCUUGGUUUGGAUUCUGGGCUGUCUAGUAUAGAGGCCUUCCCUUACAUCUGCACUGCGAGGGCUUGGACUUUGAUGGCAGGGUUCUCCCUAGCGUUUGGAGCAAUGUUCAGCAAAACUUGGCGGGUACACUCCAUUUUCACGGACGUGAAACUCAACAAGAAAGUCAUCAAGGACUACCAACUGUUCAUGGUGGUUGGUGUACUGCUUUUCAUCGAUUUGGUGAUUAUGACCACCUGGCAAGUGGCAGACCCUUUUUACAGGGAAACGAAGCAGAUGGAAGCGUAUGUACGUUUACAUCCAUACAAUGAAGAUAUAGUCAUAAUUCCUGAAAAUGAAUACUGUGCAUCGGAAAGGAUGACAAUUUUUGUAGGAACAAUCUACGCCUAUAAGGGAUUGUUAAUGAUUUUCGGAGCCUUUUUGGCUUGGGAAACCCGACGUGUCUCCAUUCCAGCCCUGAACGAUAGUCGACACGUCGGCUUGUCGGUUUACAACGUUGCCAUAAUGUGCAUUUGCGGCGCUGCCGUCGCUUUGGUCCUCGUCGACCACCAGGACGCCAUGUUCUUGAUAAUCGGUGUUUUCGUGCUGUUCUGCACCACUGCGACCCUUUGGCUCGUUUUCGUGCCGAAAAUGCUCGAGUUGAGACGCAAUCCCGGGGGGUCUAUUGACAAAAGAAUUAGAGCGACUCUAAGGCCUAUGUCAAAGACCCGACGGGAUUCCAGCGUUUCCGAGCUCGAGACGAAGCUCAAGGACGUCAAAAGUUUGAACUCCAAGUUCCGCAAGACUCUGCUAGACAGGGAGUCCGAGCUACAGAUGUUAAUCAGAAGACUAGGCAGUGAGGCAAGGGAAAUUCUGGACUCUAGAACAGACUCUAUGAGUGAUACCAACCGUUUAUCAGUUCCUUUGCUAAGAAAAGAAGCCCCAAGUGCUACCGAAACAAGUGACAUAACGUCGCUGUGUAGUUUGAGUAGUCAAGAUUUCCAUUCAUUACACCAAAGCGACAGUCAAAAGAAAAAGAAGUUGCCUAGCACGGAAAGUCCGCAGAAAAUAAUCCCCAAACAAGAAGCGCCACCGUUGACAGAAGUGCCAACUAAAAAGCAAGUAAACGGCAACAUAGCAAUACAAAACAACAAAAACCUGGACUCGAAUUGCAACACCGUCAAAGAUGUGAUCCAAGAUAAAGACGAUGCGAUAGUACCAACGCCGAAAAAACAAAUAGCACUGGAGGAAAAACGAAAAACCCCAACGCACGAAAGACGUCCCAGUAAAGUCCCGGAUAUAGACUCAUCGACCUUGGAGAGAAUAGAGAAGUUGGAAAAAUUGGAAAAACGAAGAUUGAGCAAAAACGAUUUGAGCGAAGAUGAAAGUUGUCACCGUAGGGUCAGUAUUUCCAGCCAGAGGGCCACACCCAAAAAAAAAAGUGACUGCGGUACGCACGUGGUAUCCAAAAGCGAGCUAUGGGACACAGGGAGUCAGCAUAGAUGCCCAAAAAGUCACUCCAAAAGUAGCAGAGUCAGUAUAUCGCAGGAUGAAGAUGAUGCGCACAUGCACCGUUCAGUAUCGGAACGAAAUCGUCAUUCCUCGCAAAAAGAAAAACGCGAAAAAUCGCCCAUACUGAAGAAACAACAACAAACGGAAAUGCCCACGAACAUAUGCAACCAACAGUGCAACAAACUGGGCUACUUUCAGUCGACGCCCAACGUUGCCGCGUUGAAACAAACGACGGCAACGCCGAAGAGGGAUAAAUCGAUGUACAACGCUACUUCGGAAAGUGAGUUGUUGGAUCGGGAAAUUUUGCCGAUUUUUCAAAAGUUACUGACCGAAAGAAACAAGAGUCAGCAUAAUAUUGACUAUUCUUUCGGGAGGUCUUGCCCGAAUAUUUCGAUUAAGUGCGAUAUCGUGGAGUAUUUGUAAGAAAUUUACGUUGGUAACACCCUUGUGGAAAUUUUUCUCUGAGAAAGUAUUACUUUCUCUUAAAAAGUCUGAAUAAGUCUUAUUAAGUCAGACUAAUAGCAAGAUUUGGGAGUCUUCUGGAAGAGUUAAUAAGACUUUUUAAGACUUAAUAAGACUUUUAGUAGAGAAAUGGUAGGUACCUAUGGCGAUAAAAAUAAAUAUCCGAAAUAAUUCAUAGAGGUUGUAUUUGGUUAUAAUAACAUAGGUAAGAUGUAAUAAUUAUAACAAUUAUAAUUUUAUACAUACGAUGCGCUUGACAUGCUUUCAUUGUUUCCACCAUAGAAAAAGGAGUUGCCACUGUACGAUUUAUUUUAAUAGUUUCUUUUGAUACACGCAAAUAUUUACCUAUCUAAACAUUUUUACAAAUAAAUCUUUUAGACGUAAUAUCGAGAGACCAGCUCAGCUAGCUGACCAAUUAGAGCAUAGCUGACCUGUCAGUGGGACACAGUGUUGCCGUUUGCAAGUAUUUUACUCGAAAAUCGGGUAUUUUCGUAAUAUUUGCGGGUGAUUUGCAAAUUUCUAUCAAAAUAAUAACAAAAAAAAUUUUCAGUAAAUAAUAUUGUAUAUUUACUAAAUAUGCACAAUUAUUUUAUUCUAUCCUGUUACAUUUUUAUUAUUAUUUUAGUAUUUUGUAAUUUAUGGUCAGGAACUUUUAUGGCAACACUGUACGUAAACACGAAGAUCAACCAUGAUACAAAGAUGAAUGAAACACGAAGAUCAACCAUAUUUGUCUUAUGAGUCUAUCGAAAAUAUCAUGUCUAUAGACAUGAUAUUAACUCCUUUUUCUAUGGUGGAAACAAUGAAAGCAUGUCAAGCGCAUCGUAUGUAUAAAAUUAUAAUUGUUAUAAUUAUUACAUCUUACCUAUGUUAUUAUAUAGGUAAUUAUGCAAUAAACUUGGCUUAUAACAACAGCAAAAAUUUUAAUAAAUACUUUUCUCUACGACUACUUAAGAAUAGUAACAUUCUAGUGUAAUUUUUGAUCAUAGAAAGGAUGUUUUUCUGCAAUACUGUGCGAGAAUAUUCCUACUCUUGUUUAAGAAUGGUCACAAGUAACGACAUCUC